AUGAAUGGGAGGCGGGCGGCGCUGGCGGGUACAGCUGCGGCGGCGCGCCCGGGCCGGCACCGGCACCGGCACCGCCCGCGGGACCCGGCGCUGCCUCCCGCCGCGGGGCUCCGCCGGCCCGGGCUGCAAUCUAUACCCUACCCCCUCUUCUGUCCCCUCCGCCGCUCCCCCACCCCGCCCCGGGGCCAAUAAAAUGAUGCAAAGCUCCGCGCUCGCUGCUGAAGGGGCUGUCAAGGGGCUUCCCGAGAUCCUCGGUGUGCCGGUGCAACAGAUUCCCCAGUGUGCUGGCUGCAACCAGCACAUCCUGGACAAGUUCAUCCUCAAGGUCCUGGACCGGCACUGGCACAGCUCCUGCCUCAAGUGUGCCGACUGCCAGAUGCAGCUGGCCGACCGCUGCUUCUCCCGGGCCGGCAGCGUCUACUGCAAGGAAGAUUUCUUCAAGCGUUUUGGGACCAAAUGCACAGCAUGCCAGCAGGGCAUCCCCCCCACCCAGGUGGUCCGCAAAGCCCAGGACUUCGUCUAUCACCUCCACUGCUUUGCCUGUAUCAUCUGCAGCCGGCAGCUGGCCACUGGUGAUGAGUUCUACCUGAUGGAGGACGGGCGGCUGGUCUGCAAGGAGGACUAUGAGACUGCCAAGCAGAAUGAUGACUCCGAGGCAGGUGCUAAGCGUCCCCGGACCACCAUCACAGCCAAGCAGCUGGAGACAUUGAAGAAUGCCUACAAAAACUCCCCCAAGCCUGCCCGACAUGUGCGGGAGCAGCUCUCCUCCGAGACGGGGCUCGACAUGAGGGUGGUGCAGGUGUGGUUCCAGAACCGCCGGGCCAAGGAGAAGCGUCUGAAGAAGGACGCAGGGCGGCACCGCUGGGGACAGUUCUACAAGAGUGUCAAGCGGAGCCGCGGGGGCGGCAAGCUGGAAAAGGAGAGCUCGGCUGAGGACUGCGGUGUCAGCGACAGUGAGCUCAGCUUCCGUGAAGACCAGCUCCUCUCCGAGCUCGGCCACACCAACAGGGUUUAUGGCACUGUGGGGGACGUGGCGGGCGGACAGUUGCUGAACGGCGGCUUCUCUAUGGAGGGGACAGGACAGUCAUACCAGGACUUGCGGGACGGCAGUCCCUACGGCCUCCCACAGUCGCCGUCCUCCAUCUCCUCCUUGCCGUCCCACCCGCCCUUGCUCAACGGGCUGGACUACGCCAUGGACGGCAGCCUGGGGCUGGUGGCCCACGGGGCGCAGGGGGUGAGUCAGACGCUGCGGGCCAUGGCUGGGGGGGGACCCACCUCCGACAUCUCCACAGGGAGCAGCGUCGGGUACCCAGACUUUCCCACCAGCCCAGCCUCCUGGCUGGACGACAUGGAUCACCCCCCUUUCUAA